GGCGACAAGAAGCGACCGCGAACCUUGGUUGCUUUUGAGUUCAUCCUGGUCACGGGGACCAACAAGACGCGGCUCGAGAACGUUGAGAUAGUGGCCGGCUUCCGAGCCACGGGCGCGCGAGACGGUGUGCCCCUCGGCGGGAACCUCUCCGACUGGGAUCCCGUGCCCACCAAGUGGGCUCCCGAGCAGCCGGUGUUGCCGAGCAACUUCGCCGCGGGCCAGAUCACUGAGGAGAAGAACACCGAGAACGAACUCAAGGGAGGGUACGACCCGUACGUCGGCCUGGGCACGAAGCGCAGCAGCGGUUCGACGCUCGCUGUGGAGCGUGUCUACUACCGCUACAUCGCUUCCUCACCCGCCCUCUUCGACAAGAGCUCGCGGCCCCUGAACGCCAUGAAGUGGGAGUUGGUUGAGAACCAAGCGCUCCGCAGCGGCGUGCAAUACCAGGUACGCACGGCAGUGCUCCUCCGUCGCAAGAGGUCCGACGACGGCACGUUU